AUGGCGGAGUAUGACAGUACGAUGGUGAAGUGUAACCGUACGAUUGAUAAGUGUGACAGUACAAUGGCAAAGUGCAGUAUUACAAUGGUGCACGGCAAUACAAUGGCUAUGCAUGACAGUACGAUGGUGAAGCGCGACAGAAAGCCAGAUGUCACAGAAACAGCUCAAAAAGAAAUUACUGGAGAAAAAUUUGCUAAAGACCAAAAUGACCUGCUUUCACAAGAUACAGUUAAGACUUUCGCAAAGGCCAUGGAAUCAGUUGGUGCUUUGAUUUACAACGGUGAUGUUAUUGGAACAGUAUUCAGAGCAGGAGAUUCUUUUGUUUUAACAGCAUUUCAUGUGAUUCGAAUCGUAGUUGAUGUACACCGGAAUGAUCAUUAUGAUUUGUCACUUCUGGAUAGGGAAAAUGUCUGGAUAAACUUCAAUGCAUCAGUGGCAGAUCCAGUCCGUGUUGUGUACAGAGUAUGUUGGGAAUUUUCUAGUGACGAUCCUAGUUUGGACUUUGCCGUUCUCCGAAUAAAAAACCCAGAGCAUCUGCCUAACAAGAUGUUCCUAGAUAAAGACAGUUUUAAAAGGUUACAGGCAAGAACGCUGUCAGGCAUUGGAUAUGGACACCCUGAACAAAGCAGUAAAUGCCGAAAAUAUUUGGAUCCUAAUUGUCAACUUAUUUUUGCAAUUGAUGAUAGAAUUUCAUCUUGUAAAAAGUGGCUUCAGGGUGAAAUGAAAUAUUAUCAAUCUAUUGUACAUCAUCAUGCAGGUCCUCCUCUUGUUGAUAAUAGUUAUGUAGGUAUUGAUACACAACGAAACGUUUUCUUGGAUAUUGCCAUGGAGCAUGGAGGUUCUGGCUCUCCGUUUCUUACUAACAGUGGAAUGGUUGUAGGCAUUUUAACUCAUGGUCAUCCAGAAUUUGUUUUUCAAUUGCCAUUGUUAAGUCGCAACAAUUUUCCGAAAGACAAAAGGUUUGAAUCAGUCCUGAGACUAGACUGUGUUUAUCAACACAUAUUACCAAGAAACCCAGAGCUUGCCAAUAACCUUUUUAGUAUUUGUUGAUCAGGUAUGAUGUAAACAUAAGCACUUAGGAUCAAAUAAGAAGUUUGUAUGAAUUUGAAUGAACAGGCAUGGCACAAGAUGUAUUUAAAAAGCAUUUUCCCUUUUCAUGAAAUAAUACAUAUAUCUGGAUGGAUUUGUUCCUCUUUUUUUUUUUUUUCAUUUUUUGUUAAGCUCUGUUAAAUUCCUGAUUUACAACACCUGAUUUCAAAUCAUUCUUUUGAGAAUGCUUAGCCAUCUGCGCUUAAAUUUCAUUGAAUUGAUUGCCUGUUGUCAUUGUUUUUGGAACUGCCAGUUAAAUAGAUCAAAAUCAAAAUAACCUAGAGGCUGAAAAUUUAACCAUACAUGUAUAUAAUAAUUUCAUAUGAUUAUUGUAAGUGGUCAGGACUCCUAUAAUUUUAAGGUCAGUAGAUAAACUGUCAAGGUUAUGCUGACCGUCUGUCUAAAAUGAUUUCUAAUAAAUAAAUGAAGUCUCUUUGUUCUGUGACUGUCAGUCUUCAUAAAGUCAAAGAAAUUGGUAAAAUAACUAUGCACUGUCUGUGAAAAGAAUGAAACAUGGACUGAUUGUAGAUGGCUGUAUUUUCCUUCGUUUUUGACUGGGAAGAAAGUUGUAGACAUUCAAAAUGGCCACCAAAAUCCAUGAUGGCCGCCGUAUUUAACAUUUUUGUAAAAGAUACUCUAGCAUUGUAUAAAUGGCGAGGAGAAAAAAUAAAAAAAUGUAGCAGAAAGUAGUAUUUACAUACAUAUAAGCUCUACAUACAAACAGAAAAAUUCAAUAUGGCAGGCUAAUCCAAAAUGGACGCCAUUUUUUUCCAUAAAAAUCGUUCCUCAAAUGGACAAAUUAUGCAAAAAUUAAUAAACGUUGCUACAUGUAGAAUAUAAAUAUGUGAAUUACACUACUCAAUCAAUUUUACAGCGGAUAAACAAAUUCAAUAUGGCCGACAAAUUUCAAGAUGACUGCAACAAAAUAUUUAUUGAUGAAAAUUGACUUUGUCUAUCUGUUUGAAAAUUUUGAAACAUUGCAUAGUACCGGUAGUUUAUAUAUUUGUAUAAUACGCUCCUCGAACAAUUGUAAAACGGACAUUCAAUAAAUAAUUCUAAUAUUGCUUAUUAAAUUAAAAAUUGAUGCCAUUAAAUAAUUUUCAAUAAAAUUCUUGCGUCAAUUGAGGAUAUUGUAUUAAUAUUGUGAGACGUUGCAUGAUGCUUUAAAAUUUUGUAAAAUAGGUUCAAAAAAAUUAUGUACUUACAUUUGGUAGAUAUGUCAUGGAUAUAAGACCAAUAGAAUCCAAGAUGGCCGAAAAAUUAGGAGGAAUUGAUUUACUUCGGAAAUGCACAACUGAUCUCGUAUAUCUACCGCAGGUCAUAGUUAUUGCCAUUGGAUUAAUUAUCAAUAUACAGCCCUGAUUGCUUAUGGUGGUAUGUGUUGCUCUUCUGUCAAUGACUGACCCUACAUUUAACAUGCCAUUUUAAUUUAAACAUGUUUCAUUGCAGCAAUUGAUGAAACUUUUAAAAAAAAAUGAUUGAGAAGUCGGACAAAUAACAAUGUUUAGUAUAUGUACCACACUCAUGAUAUGUCGCAGAAAGGCUGCCAAUAGAGACAAAUUUGUUGUUCUUUAUGUGUUAACGACUCCAUUUUGGCAGUAUUGACAUUAAUUGACACAAUAAUUGUAUUGCACAUGUUUUUUUUUUCAUACGAAAUUUGUUAAAAUAAGCAUUUCUUU